GCUUUACGUUGUAAAAAGUCUGUUGAAUAAAUAGUUACAAAAGAAUUAAAACGAAACAGAAGAUUAUUUUAAUGAUGGCGUUAUUUUAUAAUCCAAGUGACAUUUAUUUGUUGUAAACGCUAGUCGCUAUUGUGUUUAAAGAUUUGGAGAUUCGCAUUAUCGUGCAAAAAUAAGUUUAUUGUGGACAUAUAUAUGUUUUGUGAUAAAAAAUAAACGCGCCAGCAAAAUAACAAAGGAAGAGAUAUUAAAUAAGGAAAAAUGCCGUUCAAGAUUGUGGAGACAGUCGAGAAAGGGAAAUGUUUACUUUUCAUUGUACCCAGUUUAUGGGAAACAAAUGGCAUUUUGAAAUGGCCAAAAAACUGCUUAGAUGUGCGCAAAUUGGUCAUGAAUGAAAAUUGUUUACCUGCAACUGGAUGGUCAGCCUCAAGGUGUCGAGUAAAAAGACACUCAAUACCGUCCUUUUCGGAAGCAGAGAGAGAAUUAGGGCUUAUGCUUGAAAGAAGCGAUACGGAUGACACCGACAGAGAAAUACAAAACAGCAAAGUGCAAUGUCAAAAAGAAUACGUGAACUACAACGCUUUAGCAGAGCAGUUGGUUUUUAAGACACCAACUCAACCAUCCACUUCAUCAGCUUCUUUACAUCCCGAUCUGGACGCUUCAACUGCAGCGGAAUAUAUUGUUCAAUACGUCGUGAAUGAACCAGAUGUAGAAACAAAUUCGGGCAGCAUGGUAACCUUGCCCUUUGAAACUCAAAUUCCUAUUGAAACCCAGCAAAAUAAUGAUGUCAAUCAGACUAUUCAGUAUCUACAAAAAAUUUUGCAAAAUCAGAAACUGAAUAAAAACGAAAGAGCCUCUACAAAAAGAAUAAGGACAAAAAAAACUGGACCACGACAAGAAAAACAAAACGCCGGAAAUCAAGAGGAAAUACAAAAUGAUAUGGAAACGAACGAAGAAAUCUCUGAAAAUAUAGCAAAUGACGCAGAAUCUAGUGAACGAGAGGAGGAUGAAGAAUCUCUUUGUUAA